AUGGAUCUUGGCGCACGCUGUGUGCCAUCGGGUGUGCCUACCACCCCACGCCCUCGGCACCCGGCACCCAACCCAAGGUACAACGAUCUUACGCGCCCGCGCUCCUUGCAGAUAGACGCAGAUGCCCGCCAAGAGCAGCAACCGAAUGUCAGCGGGCGUGAUUAUGUUUCAGGCAGCACUUCAGGUGGUGAACUAGGGCGACAACACCAUCAACAACCCACGCGGCAGCAGUUUCAGCAGCAGCAGCAGCAGCAGCAGCAGCAGCAGCAGCAGCAAUGGCAACCGUGGUCGGGGUCGAACGCCGAAGAAACAAACGCGACGCUCUGCCGAAGUGCCAGCGGCAGCAAUACGAGUUCUGAGGCGGUCUCCGAACAGCAAUGGAAGUCACCAUUUCCCCCCGAUCCGGAAUUCCCGCUGCCAUGGCAGGGAAACAUAGACCUCCCGGAGAGCGACGAAGAGACCAUGAACGCCGCGCAGACAUGGAUCGCGCAGAUCCUUCACGAAAACUUCGAGGACAUGAGCGACGACGACGUUUUCUUGUCAAACGGGGGUCUUACCGAUGGACGCGUGCUCUGUCGAGUCGCAAAUGCCAUAGCCCCCGGCAGCGUGAAGAGGAUCCACCAGGACAGGUCUAACAACCACCGCCAGUACUUUCAUCUAUCCUCGCUUCCAACCCAUUCCCGCUCGCAACUUCCCACCCUCCCCACCUCCAGGGACCCCCGGCGCGUGGGGCUAUGCCUGCACGUGCUCAGCCGUGUAGUCCGAGACACCGUUCCACAGUUCAGAGGGCCUUACCUACUGGGUAGGUCCAGCAGCAGCCGCUCUUGGUCGCAAACGGCAGCCGCUGAUCGUAACAGUGGCAGCGGGAACACGAGCACCCACCGCAACAACCUGCCGUCCUCCGAGGGGGUCUGGUCUGCUGGGCCGGAGGCCUCGCGGCAGUGGCCAGUCACCAUAUCCGAUGAGGAUCGCCUCUACCAACACGAUCGCUACCAGCAGCACCAGCGUAGGCCUCGACCGCCGACCCCACCCCCGGAGGACCGCCCCCGUCCCUUGAGCUUCCCUUCGCGGUUCUCGCCCGCUGCCUCGGCGGGGGCCACCGUGUGGAGCAGCCAUUUCCCUUCGUCUGCCUCGCUGGACGGGCUGGGGGCUGUAGCGGGAACGCCGGCGGGCGCGGGAAACCACGGUGGCAUUGGUGGUGUUGGAGGCAUUGGGGACAUCAGUCGCAGAGGAGGCGGAGAAGGAGGAGGAGCAGGAGGAGAGGCGGCCGCCGCUUCUAUAUGGCAUACCACCACAGGAGCAGAGGCGGCGCCGCUGGGCAAGGACGGGCCUUUAGAACAUGCGUCCCCGUCGCCGGAGAGCCUGUCGAUAUGGCUGUCGAAUCUCAACCUCGGCACCUUUGAGAGGGCCCUCGUCAAUAUCGGUGUGGAAUCGAUCGGAGAUUUACGGUACGUCCAAGAGGAAGACCUCAGUGAAAUUGGCAUGCACGGACCGCAGAUCCGGAAGCUUUUACAGAACCGCCCGUGAUGUUCGAGCAGAAAAGGGCAGACAGAGGAAAGGAGAGACAAAACGACGCAGCCAGAGAAGAGGAAAGAGACUGCGGCCCGACAGAACCCGUUUCAAGGGGGUGGUAUUCAAGAACAACGAAGUUUCAAGCACGCAGGCGGUAUGGUGUUCGACGUCGUGCAGUCAAAAGCAACAUGUAAUGGGUCGUGAAAUGCGGGGGGGGGGGUCAGGCGAGACUGCCACGAGAAAGAAAGUCCUCACAUGAGCAGAAUGAGUGAGCCCAUGUUGAUUCUUCGGACCGUUCGAGGUAGUAAUGCUAGGCAUUUGCGCUUCCGCCGCGAGGCACGAAAACAAGUGUGAUCACGAGAAUAGCACGAAACGGGCGGGAAAACCUGUGAGUGAGCUGCUUGCCACUAACCGCUUAGGGAAUUCCGCAUUGGGGCGCCGAUUUCGCGAGUGUGUUCAGGAGGAACUAGCCACGACAAACGAUGGCAGCUUUCACGAUAGAUGAGGUUGGGUUGGGUUGAUGCACAAACAUGCUUGCCGAAGACGCUCGGCUGUGGAUUGGGCAUCGCUCUUGAGUAAAGGGCAGUGGAAGGGGAGGAGGGUUGUCGAUUUUAUUCGGACCCAUCGACCGUAGAGCAGAUUGCAUCGGUCUCCACCUCUCGCGAACAUGUCGGAGGGUGAGCCAUCUGCAUGUUCUGGCAGGCGGUUACCGCCCGACGUCGUUGAGUAUUGUAUUUCUUUCUUUUGCACUUGGUUUGUUCAAAUUGGUUUGUGUAUGCGGUUGUCUGUGUGUGUGCUGCUUUAGUUGCGCGUCGAGACGUACAUCAACAGCACGUAUCUAUAUCGAGUGAAAAGUAGGUGGCGGCUGCUUUAAUAGGGAAAAGACCUUGCGACCGGCAGACAGACGAGAGUCUGUCUCGU